AUGAUUCUGAAGGCAGUUGGUAGCAUUCCAGUGUGUAUAUUUAAUCGCGGCGACGCGGCGCUGGAGCCCGGGGACGAUGCGCGCUCGGCGGCGCUGGAGCUGAGCACGGCGCUGCGCUUCUACGGCACCGCCGUCCGCUCCCUCUACGUUGCCACUAAUGGGAUUAUUGCAGUGAAUGAACCUUCAAGUGAAGAAAAGUAUCUUGGUCAAUUUCCAAUCAGUUUUGGGGCUAUUGCUCCUUUUAUGGCUGACCUGGACACAACAGGUGGACGUGGAAGUGUGUAUUACAGAGAAGAUUCAUCCUCAGAUGUCUUGCAACUUGCAUCAGACUAUAUCAAAAGAGGCUUUCCUGAGACUACUUUUGAUCCCAGCAGCGUUGUCAUUGUUACCUGGAAGCUCGUGGCUCCUUACCAGGCACCAGGAGAAGAUCAUGCUUUGGAAGAAAAGAGAAACACAUUCCAGGCUGUUUUAGCCUCCUCUGACUCCAGUUCCUAUGCUAUUUUCCUUUAUCCAGAAGAUAGUUUGCAGUUCUAUAGUACAUACACCAAGAAUGAUGAUGGAAAGAUUCCUGCUAUGGUUGGCUUUAGUCAAGCCUCUACAAACUACUACUUUUGGGAAAAACCAGGAUCCUACAAUGUGAUUGCUAAUGAUGAAGACAGCAUUAGAAACCUGCACCAAAGCAGCAAUGCUGGGAAGCAGGGUGUCUGGGUGUUCGAGAUUGGGAGCUCGUCUGACAGUAUUGUGCCUGCCAAGAUCAGCAACGUUUUGGAGACUGUAGAGACUGAUGAACAAGACCAGGAGAUGACUUCAAAACCAUUUAUGUCAGACUAUGGCUCCACUGAAAUAAGACAGCAGUAUGUCACCAGUAGCAUGGACAGCACAGAAGAGGAUCAGCUCCACGUUACGUACAGUGUUCCUCAGCUAGCUACAGAAGACUUUCUGACCUCAUACCAAGAUGUAACAGGAACACCUCCAAUAGAUUCUUUUUAUAGUCAUCAAGAUUUCCCAACAGCAAAAGCUCCACCUCGCCAGUUCCAGGUCCAGCAGUUCCCUCCACAGCAACCCCAAGUCAUAGAUGUGGAAGAAUUUGAUGAAACUGGUAUAGUGUUUCGCUACCACACAGAUGUCCAACAGACCUGUGCCAACAACCGUCACCAGUGCUCUGUUCAUGCUGUUUGCAAAGAUUAUCCCAACGGGUUUUGUUGCAGCUGUAUUGCUGGUUACAAAGGAAAUGGCAGACAAUGUGUAGCAGAAGGUUCGCCUCAGAGAGUCAACGGGAAAGUCAAAGGAAGAAUCUUUAUAGGAAAUAACCCCAUUCCAGUUAUAUUUGAGAACACUGAUCUCCACUCCUAUGUUGUGAUGAACCAAGGGCGUGCCUACACUGCUAUCAGCACAAUCCCAGAGACUUUGGGGUAUUCUUUACUGCCUCUUGCCUCUAUUGGAGGUAUCAUAGGAUGGAUGUUUGCUGUGGAACAGCAAGGAUAUAAAAAUGGAUUCAGUGUUACUGGUGGGGAGUUUACACGGCAAACUGAAGUGACUUUUCUUGGCAACAAUGAGAAACUGGUUAUAAAGCAGAAAUUCAGUGGAAUUGAUGAGCAUGGUCACCUUACCAUCAGCACAGAGAUGGAGGGCAGAAUACCUGAGAUCCCAUCUGGUGCAUCAGUCCAUAUAGAGCCAUACACUGAACUCUAUCACACUUCUAGUUCUGUGAUCACUUCAUCGUCCACCAGGGAGUACACAGUGACAGAGCCAGAAAGGGAUGGGGUUGCAUCCACCUACACGGGUGCCUAUCAGUGGCGACAGACCAUCUCGUUUGAUGAAUGCAUUCAUGAUGACUCUCACCAUGCUGCUCCUGCCACUCAGCAACUCUCAGUGGACAGUGUAUUUGUCCUGUAUAACCGAGAUGAGCAAAUUCUGCGAUACGCUAUGAGUAAUUCCAUCGGCCCAAUCAGUGAUGGUUCUGCUGAUAUUAACCGGAAUCCUUGCUACACUGGUACCCAUAACUGUGACACCAAUGCAGCGUGUCGUCCGGGAACUGGAAACCGUUUCUUCUGUGACUGUUCAGUUGGCUUCCGUGGAGAUGGAAACGUUUGUUAUGACAUUGAUGAAUGCUCUGAGCAGCCAGCUCUAUGUGGCAGCAAUGCAGUCUGCAAUAACCAGCCGGGGACCUACCGCUGUGAGUGUGUGGAAGGAUACCAGUUUGCAGCAGAUGGGCGGACUUGUGUUGCUGUUGAGUACGUCGUAAACCAUUGCCAGGCAGGCACACACGGUUGUGACAUUCCUCAGCGUGCUCAGUGUGUGUACACUGGAGGAUCCACCUACAUCUGCACCUGCCUCCCUGGCUUCUCUGGAGAUGGGCAUGCCUGUGAGGAUGUAGAUGAAUGUCAGGAGGGCCACUGUCAUCCCGAUGCUUUCUGCUACAACACUCCUGGGUCCUUCAGCUGCCAGUGUAAGGCAGGUUAUCGUGGGGAUGGUUUCCGGUGUGUGUUAGGAGAAGUGGAAAAGACCAAAUGCCAGCGUGAACGAGAAGUAGCUCUUGGAAGUGGAGGCGCUUUCUUUCCAAGGGAAAUAAGAGUUGGUCAGUUCAUUCCCCAGUGUGAUGAGCAUGGGAAUUACCUACCCACUCAGUGCCAUUCUAGUAGUGGAUAUUGUUGGUGUGUGGAUAGGGACGGAAAUGAGAUUGAUGGCACCAGAAGCAGCCCAGGAGUUCGACCACCAUGUCUGAGCACAGCUGCUCCUCCUGUUGUUAUUGGGCCCUCUGUUCGACCAGAUACAGUACCUCUGCCACCAGGAACACACUUGCUCUUUGCCCAAAGUGGUAAAAUUGAACACGUUCCACUGGAGGGAAACAAUAUGAAGAAAAAUGGUGCAAAAGCACUCUUGCAUAUUCCAGACAAAGUUGUUAUUGGGGUUGCUUAUGAUUGCACAGACAAAAUGGUUUAUUGGACAGACAUCAGUGGUCCUUCGAUCAGCAGGGCCAGCCUGCAUGGUGGGGAGCCAACAACCAUCAUCAAAACAGACUUGGGAAGCCCUGAAGGGAUAGCUGUAGACCAUCUAGGUCGCAACAUCUUCUGGACUGACUCUCAACUGGAUAGGAUAGAAGUGGCGAGACUGGAUGGGCGCCAGCGUCGCAUCCUCUUUGACACUGGCUUGGUGAACCCCAGAGCGAUUGUUGCAGAUCCUGUGAGAGGAAACUUGUACUGGACUGACUGGAACAGAGAAGCUCCUAAAAUUGAAACCUCAUACAUGGAUGGCACAAACAGAAGAAUUCUUGUUAAAGAUGAUCUGGGGUUACCAAAUGGACUGACAUUUGAUCCUUAUUCCUCAAUGCUUUGUUGGGUAGAUGCAGGUACCAAGAGGCUGGAAUGCAUGAACCCUAAUCAGUUUGGUCGACGAAAGAUCGUUGAAGGAAUUCAGUAUCCUUUUAGUGUUACAAGCUAUGGGAAGAAUUUAUACUACACAGACUGGAGAAGGGAUGCUGUUGUAGCAGUGGAUCUCACAAUUUCCAUGGAAAAGGAUAACUUCCAGCCUCACAAGCGCUCCCGUCUCUAUGGAAUCACUACAGCCUUUGCUCAGUGCCCAGGAGGACACAACUACUGUACAGUGAAUAAUGGUGGUUGUACUCACCUCUGUUUGGCUACUCCUGGAGGCCGUUCUUGCCGCUGCCCUGACAACACAGUUGGAGUGGAUUGUAUAGAAAGAAACUGAGCAUUAAAAUAAGCUUUAGAGGGGCAGACACCUUUGGAAAUGUGCUGUAAACAAUUCAGUCCUAUCAACACAAUCAGGCCCUAAAGAUAAGUGCUCCAUGCUGCUGACAUGAAGCCGCAAUGCACACAUGCAGACACACACACAGGCAGUGCCUGUUUUUAGCAGUUAGACAAGACAGAACAGACCCGGUUGGGUCCAACUGCAUAUUGUUCCUUGUAAUGUCAUCUCCUUGCUUUUAAAGGUAGAUAGUGGAGGUCUUAGUUGCAUCUG